GUAACCUCUCAUCUAACAAAUUUUUCAUUGUCUUCUGGCUCUCAUCUCAAUCUCUCAUCCCAUCGCGAUUUAUCGAACCCUAGUCCAGUAGUCCCUAAAAUCUGGCCAGCCGCGCAGCCCUCUCCGGCGAGAGAGGAGUCGCAGCCCGCCCCUCCGCCAGGCGCCAGCCCUCUCGUAUUCUGGCCUCACUGGCUCACUGCCUCGCGCCGAGUCGCCGGUCGUCGCUCAGCGCCUCAGCCUCACGAAUCACGCCCUCACCCAUCUCAGAUUCUCAAAUUCUUGGUUCUUCCCUUCUUCCAAGUUCCAACUAUCUAGGUGUUUCUUCAUACUCCAGAAUCCAGAUUCCAUAAAUCCAAGUCUCCAGGCUCCAAAAUUUAACAAUCUAUUCAAGUGAGUUCUUGGAAGAAUUGAGGGGGACCAGAGCUUGGUAUUAAGUGGAGGAUGGCUAUAGGUUCAAAUAUGAGGAGGGCUGCUGGAAGCUAUUAAGUGGACAACUCAACUCUGGGCUACAUUAAGAAAACUCCUCCAUAAUGGUUUCAUUGACUUGGAAGGGCAAGACUAUAAACAAAGAGGUCCAAGAAUUUAGUUUUCAAGCAGCAGUGAUGGUGGAAUUAUGGUGGUCUUUACUGGGGGCAGCUGUUCCAGCUGUACUGGCAGGUCAAGCUUUCAGGAUGAAGAAGAGACGAGAUGAUGAGCAGAGGCUAAAGAGGGCCAGAGGACGCGAAAAGAACUCAGAUGAUAUAUUUGUGUGCGAGAGGGUUUGUACUUCGAAGAGGAUGUUGAAGAAGGUUGGUGCAUUUUCUAAAGACCCAAUGCCCGAUACCUGUGUCACUGUUUGUGGUGUUUCCGAGCUCGAUGCUUGCGCUGACGCAUGUGCACGGACGGUGUGUGUUAACCAGCAUCAAGUGCCUAACUGGAAUGACAUUUGCCUGAAGAGGUGUCAAAGUGAGUGCCUUCGCCUCUCAACUUCUUCUUUGUCUUGAUCCGCAACCAUUUUUUCUUUUUCUGCUCCCGCAUUUCUUCAAGAACUGUGUUGAAGACCUCUAAUGAAGGAUACCCAGCCAUUGAAACUGUGGAUCAUGUAUUUUUGAUGUUAUACUCCAAGUGCUUUUUCCCUCCUA